UUUAUAAUGGAUUCAAACAAAAAAGAUUACAUAGACUCUCCAUUACGAAUGCAGCAGGCAUCUUUGUCAGGCGGAUCGACGCCAACUAUAGAUUUGGACGGCUUGUCUUGGCCUUGUCAAGGAACUCAAAGUCGAAUCGAGACUGAGGAAGAUGAAAAGAUGCAAAAGAUUUCUGAAGCUGUUAGUACAGUUUUAUCUUGUAUAGGCGAGGAUCCUCAGCGACAAGGAUUGCUUGGUACACCAGAACGUUUUGCAAAGGCAAUGCUUUAUUUUACUAAAGGAUAUGAGUUGAAUUUACGUGAAGUGAUAAAUAAUGCGGUCUUUGAAGAAGAUCACGAGGAGAUGGUUAUUGUUAGAGACAUUGAUGUAUUCAGUUUAUGCGAACAUCAUUUGGUUCCCUUCACUGGAAAGAUUCACAUUGGUUACAUCCCUCGUAGGCGCGUUUUGGGUUUAUCGAAGCUCGCAAGAAUUGCGGAUAUGUUUUCUCGCCGAUUGCAAGUACAGGAGCGUUUGACGAAACAAGUAGCGCAAGCGAUUCAGGCAGUGCUGAAGCCACAAGGUGUGGCUGUUGUCAUGGAAGCUUCACACAUGUGCAUGGUGAUGCGAGGAGUGGAAAAGCCCGGAAGCAGUACAGUUACGAGUAGCCUGACAGGCAUUUUCCAGAGAAGUAGCAAGACUCGUGAAGAGUUCUUCCGGUUGAUUGGAAAAUUUUAAAAUUAAGGACUUGGAUAUUCUUUAUAAAAUUGGCAAAUUCAUUUUGAAGUGUUAAGACUUUGGAAGUGUUAUUAACAAAACAGGCUGUUAUACAUAUAGACAGCUGUCACUUAUAAUGGUUAGUUUUUGGUUUUCUCUUAAUUUUGGCAUUAGGCUCUGGUAAUGUUCAGACACAAAGAAACUGUUUAGACAUUUUCGUAAAGCAAAAGGUGAAACGGAUUGUUAAUUCUAUACAUAUCUAUGGUUUUCUUCCCUGCAUUGUAUGCUGAUCGAAUACUUUUAUUUUUUUCUGUUAUCAUAAAGAAGAUUAACAUUGAGGAAGCAAAAUUACGGGUUCAUUUCUAUGUUUACCUUGUUCAACCAAGUUAAUACUCGUUUUUGAAACUCUCUUUGCCGAUAGUCGAUAAUAUGGACAUACGCAGACUGAGUCUUUAACUAAUUCGUACGUUAUUUUAUCACUGACUAAGUUUCCGGCGUAUGCAGACACGGUAGCACAUUCAUACUUUUAUUUUUCUCAUUCUCCCUACACGGUUAUGUCGUGGUCCAUACUAAGUUAAACGAAUACUCUUCAUUGUUGGAUUUCUUUUCAUGUUCAAUAUCCUAUUUCCCCUCCUCAUUUUGCAUACUCAAUCUUUUCUUAUAUUAAUUGUUCAACCAGUUACGAGUUUCCCAACAUAAUUCAAUCAAAAUGUUGCAAAUUUUCCUUACAAACUUUUAACUUCUUUUUAUUAGGUUUUUUAUUUUUUCCGUAUAAGUAUCCUAAACUACUACUACUCCAUGAUUUACCUUGCCUUUCAGCAUGAUUUUUUUGUUAUAUAUACAUCCAAACUGAUCAAAAUAAGAAUAACGAGUGUUUGCACCUUUAAAG